GGAUAUAUUUCCGUUAGCCGCCAUUUUCGUUAGCUGAUGUCGCAGGAGCGGUCGGUGCGGUCAGUCAGUCAGCUCGCUCUUGUAUCUGCUACCAAUUCACGUUUGAAAACUCCAGACUUGCACUCGUAUCGACGAAGUCCGUCUGAGAUCGUGUAAUUUUAAUCUUUGUGAGUCGGUAAACAGAGGAAGAAGAUGUCGAACGAGCAACAGGCCGAAAACACGACCGAGAAAGCGGGUCCGCCGCAGGCACCGCAGCAGCAGCAGCAGCAGCAGCAGGGAGAAGUGAAUGGGAAAGCCAAGCAUGAGGCCAAUGCAAGCAGGAAGGAGAGGCCCCAGAAGAGAGGUGGAGGUGGGCGCUACGAACCCUAUGGGAACGUGAACAAGAGAUACCGGGUCUUUGUCAGCAACAUCCCAUAUGAUGUCAAAUGGCAAGCCCUCAAAGACCUGAUGAAAGAAAAAGUGGGUGAGGUAACGUACGUGGAACACUUAAUGGACGCAGAAGGCAAAUCGAGGGGUUGUGCUGUUGUUGAGUUUAGGACUGAGGAGCUAAUGAAGAAAGCGGUGGAGAAAGUAAACAAGCACAACUUUAAUGGACGACCCCUAAAAGUGAAGGAGGACCCCGAUGGUGUGAUUACUCAGAGAGAAAUGGGCAAGGUUCAAGGUGGAGGACCUCCAGGAGGCCAUGGAGGAAUGGGAGGAAUGGGAGGCAUGGGUGGAAUGGGAGGAAUGGGUGGAAUGGACCGCAUGAACAUGGAUCGAAUGGGCCCUGGACCAAAUGGUGGUAAUGUCAACAUUCCUCCCAGCCUGAUGAACAACCCCAACAUCCCCAAUGAGGUCAUUCAUGGUCUCCAGGCUGGCAAGAUUGGCAGCACUGUCUUCGUUGCUAAUCUUGAUUACAAAGUGGGCUGGAAGAAGCUGAAAGAGGUGUUCAACAUGGCCGGCAUGGUGGUGAGGGCUGACAUUCUUGAGGACAAGGAUGGGAAAAGCAGAGGCAUGGGCACAGUAACCUUCGAGAUGCCCAUUGAAGCAGUCCAGGCUGUCUCUAUGUUCAAUGGGCAGCUGCUGUUCAACAGGGUCAUGCAUGUCAAACUGGAUGAGAAGUCCCUGCCCAAAGAUUUUGGACCACCCGAGAGAGCUUCUUCUCUUCCCCGUGGUCUCAGUGGUAUUGGUUUGGGUCUGGGGCCUGGUGGCCAGCCCAUUGAUGCUACUCAACUCAACAGAGGGGGAGGAGGAGGUGGUGGUGGCGGCGGCGGAGGAGGAGGAGCAAUGGGCAACAUGGGCCCUGGAGGAAUGGACGGAAUGGGCUUUGGCAACAUGGGAGGUCGUAUGGGAGGAGGAGGAGGAGGAGGUGGUGGUGGUGGUGGUGGUGGAAUGGAAAAUUUUGGAGGAAUGAACAACAUGGAUCGUUUUGGAUCCUCAGGGAUGGGCCGAAUGAACGAGAUGGACCGUGGAAUUGGUGGUGCUUUUGACAGGGAGUUUGGGCGAAAUGAAAUGGGAAUGUCUCGCAAUAAUUUUGGAGAAUCCUUUGAAAGAGGAAUGGGAAACUCCAUGGGUAUGGACCGCAUGAGCUCUGGAAUGGAUCGGCUGGGAACCAGCAUGGAGCGUAUGGCAGGGAUGGACCGCAUGGGCAUGGAAAGGAUGGACCGUGUGACUGACCUGGACAGGCUGGGUUCUGGGUUUGACCGAAUGGGCUCUGGGAUGGAACGGCUGGGGCCCAGUAUGGACAGGCUUGCACCUGGCCUUGACCGUAUGAGCUCCAGCAUGGACCGCAUCGGCUCAGCAGGGUUUGAUCGCUUGGGCCCGUCUAAUAUGGAUCGCAUGGGUUCUGGCCUGGACUUUGGCUCUCCAAUGAAUAUGGAGCGCAUGGGCAACACUGGCAUUGACAGGAUGCCCACUAGCUUCGAACGCAUGGGCUCUGCUGGAGGAAUAGACCGCUUCUCCUCAGGUGGCCUGGACCGCAUGAGUUCUGGCAUGGAUCGGAUGGGAUCCGGAGGUGCUGGCGGCCAGUUUGACCGUCCUGCUGACCUGGAUCGUGGAUUUGGUGGUAAUUCCUUUGGAGGAGCUGGAGCUGGAGGGCCUGGAACUGGUGGAGGCAAUAUCAGGAAGGGAUGCCAAAUCUUUGUCAGAAAUCUGCCAUUUGACUUCACCUGGAAGAUGCUGAAAGAUACCUUCAAUACAUGUGGCAUGGUCCAGUAUGCUGAUAUCAAGAUGGAGAAUGGCAAGUCCAAGGGCUGUGGUGUGGUCCGCUUUGACAACCCCGAAACUGCUGAGCGUGCUUGCCGAACCAUGAAUGGCUACCGGCUGAACGGAAGGGAGAUCGAUGUUAGGAUUGAUAGGAAUGCAUAAGUUAAUAGUCUGGGUCACUUCUGACAUUUCAAGUAGUCAUUCAUGUCUAAAAACUUAUCAUCCGAAUCGCCCAUGAACUUUAUAUAAACACACGGUUUGUUUAGAUAUAUGUAACUACAAAUGUUUUAGUUAGAAAUUUGUAACGGUGAAUGUGUUUUAGUUCUUAAAUUUUACUUUACUUUAUUUUUUAUUAGAGACCAAACUUUUAAUUUUUUUCUGUAAUGUUUCAACUUGUCAUUGCCUUUGUGCUAUAAGGUGUUUUGAUAAAUAAACCUCAAUAUUUGAAAUGC